AUGGGUGUUUCAGAUCCCGAGAGUGACAAAAUCAGCGGGCGUACAUUCACUGCAGCUGCCCUCCGUAAUUUGUUCUCGCGUUCCACCUCUCAGCCGGAUCUUAUUGUUCACAGAGGAUCUCAAGCAAUUACUGAAUACCAUAAUCCAGAUCUGCUGGUUGGUAUGUAUCCUACUCUGUUUCCCUGUGGCAUCGGCGGCUUUGAAGAUCCACAGAGGCCCACCGCUCUCUCAUUUGAAGUGCAAGCACAUUACUACUUAACCCUGGUUGACCGGUCGUUCCGUUACCAUCAUUCAUACCUGUUCGUAGCCUUGAACAUGAUUCAACGCCGAGCUGCCCAUUUGCAGACCUUCUUCACGGUACGUAAAUCAAACUUUGAUAAUGUUGCCCGCAAACUCACACAGGUUUCUGCUCAAGUUUUAGAUGACCUCGCAUUCCGGUUGGAACGGGAACACAAUUAUUCGCAGUUGAGUACCGAGGAGAAAUCGGCCUUGAAGUUGCUGAGGCAGGUUAACACCAUGUCAGCACGUAUUCCUGGUUCGCAGGCAUCCAAGAUCUAUGUGCGAAACGAAAUUCGAGGGUACUUUAGUUAUUUCGGACUGCCGCACUUGUUCUUCACGUUUAACCCGAGCGCCGUCCACAGUCCCAUCUUUCAGGUGAUGUAUGGUGAUCACGCUGUUGACUUGUCGGCUCGAUUCCCUCGUCUGGUUUCUGCACGUGAACGCGCCCUGCGGUUGGCUCAGGACCCAGUUGCAGGAGCAGAUUUUUUUGAAUUUUCGUGGAGAUGUUGCUUUGAGCAUCUUCUGGGUUGGGACUUCAAAGUGAAUUGCUCGAGCCCCACAGGUGGUCUUUUUGGCCAUUUGCGUGCUUUUUUCGGUUCAUCGGAA